CACCCACCCACCCAAUGUUCGUUCAUCCCGAAUCCAAUCGUGAGGAGUGAGUACCGGGCGCCUGGGGAAGGAGGGAGAGCAGCAGAGCAGAGGUUUAUUGUUAUCUGGUAAACAAGCGGAUCACUAGAGACCGACCGGAAGUAAGUAAGCAUCCACCUCCUCCAUGGCUACCUUACCUAUUCCCUGCAUCCACCACCAAAAUGCCUCCUAUAUGCUGCGUACCCAAACCCAAUCACUCAUCAAAGUGCGCCGCCGCCCCACUUUCAUAGCGUUCUCCGCCCCCGCCCCAUCCCCUGCCUCAACGCAAGAUGAACUCAAGAAGCUCGCCGCCUACAAGGCCGUGGAUUAUAUCCAGAGCGGAAUGGUCCUCGGCCUCGGCACCGGCUCCACUGCCGCCUUUGUAGUGGCCAAACUAGGAGAGCUCCUCUCCUCCGGCCACCUGUCGAACAUCGUCGGCGUGCCCACUUCCAAGCGCACCCGUGAACAGGCCGCCUCCCUCAACAUCCCACUAUCAACCCUCGACGAUCACCCGGAGCUCGAUCUCGCCAUCGAUGGCGCCGACGAGGUUGAUCCCAAUCUCGACCUUGUCAAGGGUCGUGGAGGCGCUCUCCUCCGUGAGAAAAUGGUGGAGGCUGCGUCCAAUAAGUUCGUAGUGGUUGUUGACGAGUCCAAGCUUGUCUCUGGGCUUGGCGGGUCGGGUCUGGCAAUGCCCGUUGAGGUGGUCCGAUUUUGCUGGAAAUACAAUCUGCUCAGGCUCCGAGAGAUGUUUAAAGAUUUGGGCUGCGAAGCAGUGUUGAGAUUGGAUGGGGAUAAGCCCUAUCUCACUGAUAAUUCCAAUUACAUUGUGGAUUUGUAUUUUAAGAUUCCCAUCAAGGAUUCGCAUGCUGCAGGAAAGGAGAUUUCUGCCUUAGAAGGCGUGGUGGAGCAUGGUUUGUUCUUGGAUAUGGCCACUGCUGUCAUUAUUGCUGGAAAGGAAGGAGUUAGUGUGAAGAGCAAGUGAAAAAGGAGGGAUUUUGCAUUGCCAGGGCGUUGAUAGAAGCAGCCUUCCUACUUCAUGAGGUAGAGGUAAAUUUUCUUCCGAGUGGGACAUAGUGGGAUAUUUGGUAUGACUUGGUUUGGUUCUUGGAAUUUUAGGACUUCAGCUGUAUAAGCACGCCCUUGUAAUGAAGCAUCCGUGGUAAUGCAAUGUUACUAUAUUUCUCCUGUGGGCAUGAUGCUACAUAAUUCUUGGGAAAAUGUGACGUUACGACUUAUCAAAGUAUUCUUAAUAGAAAGAUCUUGCCACAUUAUAAAAUUAUGUAUUAUUAAACUAGUGAUCCUCCUGAACUCAAAAGGGUGUGAAACAUUCCCGCUCUUUUGAUCAUUGUGUUCCCAAGUAUGCAUCACUUACCGUCAAAGGCUAU